AUGGAUUGUUUUAAUUUAGUGCUUUUGGAGAAACUAUUUAACAAGUAUACAAAAAAUGGCUGCAUCGAUGAUCUCAAACAAUGGCAUGGAUUUUUAGAAUUUUUAUAUGUGAACCAAUUAUUUGAUCCCAACGAUAUGCUUAAGAUUAAAGAUAGCGUGAUUUACUUUCCUUUAGUGUUUGAGAAUCUUAAGAAAAUCUUUGCAAAUGCUAAUAUUGUACCUGCUUUGUAAGAAAUGUCAAGAGAAUUAGACAAACUUUAUAAUUAAGUAAAUGAUUGCAGGACAACAUUAAAAAACUGGAAUUAUCAAACAUUUUCAGUUGAGGACAUGAAAUACACAACAAAAACAUAUGAAGAAAUUGAGAAAGAAUUUCAAGACUUUAAGAAUGAAUUCGAUGAUUUUGCAGGAGAUGUUAUUAUUGUAAACUAACCUAUACAAUCCCUGAAAAGUGUUGUGAAAUCUUUUCCAAUAAUUGAAUCUGUAUUGUAUGACUGUUAUCCAAGAAUCCUUUGGAGUUUUUAAGUAGUAAUCGAGAUAAGAUAGACCGAGAAUAUGCUAAAAUCAGAGUGAAAUCUGUUUAAUACCGUAACUAAGCAAUUAAAAUAUUGAAAUAAGGAUCAAUAAAAGUUUAAGUUGGUUAUGAUCAUAUGAACGAUGCUCCAGUAGAAGUAUGGUUAAUACCAAAGUAAAAUUAAAUAUUACAUUAGAUGUAUGUGGAGAUAACAAGAAUAAUGUGAAUUAUUGAACACAUUUGAAGCUCAUCACGAAUUGAUUUUGUCUUAGUUUUUUCCAAAAUAUUUGGGAUAAGAUUUAUUAUCUGAUGAAAAUAAUUUCUAGCAUUUUAUGGAAUUAAAGAGAGGACAUACUUUAAAAUACUUACUCAAGCAAUCUAAAAAACCACUAACUCCUGACUACUUAUUUUUUAGAACUACUAUGAGAUAAGUUUUUGGUGGUUUAUUUGAUAUUUUAAGAAUGACUAGAUUUCAUCCUGUUUUACCAAUAACACUCGCAAAUAUCUAAGUUGGAAAUGAUGGAGUCUAAAUUUAUUUAAGAAAUGUUAAAUUUUCAGAAUUAAGAGAAGAUGAUUAAAACUUAGAAGCAACUUUAUUGGAAAAUUUUGCCUAAAUUAUUAUGUCUGCAUUGGGAAGUAAAUAAAAAAAAUAAUUCUUUAGUGAAGAGGGCAGAUGUUGGAAAAUUGGGAAAGUAUUUGGAUUGGAAAAAUCUAUUACAAGGUUUGUUUAAUGCUGAAGAAGACCAUUAACUCUAUAAAAGUAUUUGUUUAUAUUAUUUAUCCAUCAUAGAGGGUGUCAUUUAGUAAAGGUUAACCUUUUGUUAAUUACUCAAUCACGAUUUAUUUGAUGAUGAAUUGUUGAGUAACUUUGAAGUGAGUGAAGUUGUUUAAAGUUAUCAUGAUUGGAUUUCCUGA